UUACCAAGUACAGGGACAAUUUGUAAAGAUAAACAUUUUAUUCCGAUCCCCUUAAAUUAUGGUGCCUUAAUUACGAUAUACGUAAAAUUAAUAACAUGGACAGUGAUAUAAAGGAGUUCACAUUACCGCCAGCUCCGCGGGGGUUGUGUUUCGAUCGAAAUGAUUUCGUCAAGACAAACUUUUCGGUGGAUAACUUUUUGGCUGAACAUGAAAAAGCGGCCUCCUUGGAGAUUAUGCGAGAUGAUCUGGGCGUAUACUUAAAAGUCCUUAGAUUGGCUAUGAUAGAACUCAUUAACAAGGACUACGCUCAUUUCGUCAACCUAUGUGCUACUCUGAUCGGAUUUGAUAAAACAAUUGUAAAAAUACAGGUCCCAUUAGGUGAAUUAAAUCAAGAACUAGAAGAUGUAAAAAAAACUAUUGAAGAUGCUAUGAAAGAGCUCUCAUUAUGGUUAAAUCAGAGACAUGCUCUAUUAAAAAAGAAACAAUUAUUGAAAUACUACAGUCAAACGCUUAACUGUAUUAGUUCCCUUGAAAGUAUUCUGCAAGACAUCACAGAUAAAAGUCGACAAGAGCAAAUAAUACUAGCUGACAGGGCAGCUAUGGAAUACAAUCAGUUAAAGUUCUCUAUAGCUAAAUGUGAUUCUAUAGUUAAACCACAAAUAAAGAAACAGUAUAAUGAAGUAGGAGGAAAAUUAAUUCAAAUAUUGAAUGAUCUUCUUUUCCAAUUCUGGAAUGAUAGAAAUGAAGAUAAUCUUCUCAAGACAUUAAUGACAUUAACUUCAUUGGAUAGAAUCACAGAAACAGAGAUGUUACUCAGGAAGCAGGCCAUUGCACCAUUAUUACAAGAGAUUGUGAACGAACCAGCUCUACAAAGAAGCAAGGAAGGCUUACAGGGGAUCUAUUCUAAAAUCCUAUCCCUGCUUGAUACAAAACUGAAGUUACUCCUAAAAGUUACAGAACAUUCCAAGUUAACAUUUCAAGUGCAGAAGUAUAGGUUUUUAGUUAACUGUUUUUGGUGUGAAGUUGAAAAUCGAUUGGAAGUCAAUUUAGCAUCAAUUUUUGCUCCUGGAAAUCCACAAUUAUUUUACAAAAGAUACACUGAAAGUAUGUUAUUUAUUAAAAAACUAGAGGAGUAUUGUGCAAGCAAAGAUAACAUAAAAUUGUUGCAUGCUACACCGGAAUAUAAGAGCUUUCAGAGACGUUGGAAUCUCCCAGUUUAUUUCCAAAUAAGGUUUCAAGAAAUUGCAGGUGGUUUUGAGUCAUUGUUGAAAACAAGUCCAACAAAGGAGAAUCAUGAUGAAUUUGUGUUGGUAGAGACUUACAAGUGUUGGAAGGCAUUACAGGAUUGUUGGUCUGAUGGGAUACACAUUGAGGCGUUGUCACACAAAUUUUGGAAGUUAUCUCUCCAGCUUUUAUCCAGAUAUGCCUCUUGGACAAAAAUGUGUUGUCUACAAAAACCAACUACACCUAAAUUGGACUCUGCAAGUAUUAACAAAAACUUAAUUAUUGAUUGUAUAAACCUAUACAAUGACACAAUAACGCUUCUUCAAAAAUUGCCAGAUCUCUCGCAAUUAGUAGAGUCCAAAAUGCCUAAUUUGAGAAGUAAAGAAUUAUUGGGCCAAAGUAUAAAGCCUACAGAAGAUUUAUUUCAUCACAACAAAGAAAUCAUCAAAGAAAGUAUAGUCAAUGAAUUAUUUGACUUCUGCAAUGUACAUUUGAAGCAAGUUAGUGAUAUACCAAGAUUGUAUAGAAAGACUAACCGUAGUAUACCCACGAGACCAUGCAACUAUAUUGAUACCAUUGUAAAAACUGUAAAUGACUUCAAAGGAGAUUCCGAAACGAAGCUUGAUAAUGCCUUUUUGAGUAACAUAUUUGAAUCUUUGUUCAAUACAAUGACAUUAUCUUAUUGUAAAUAUGUAGAAGAUGUUUUAACAUCAGUGCAAAAAACUGAAGAAUCAUUGAGAAGACUGAAACAAAUUCGAGAAGUCACUUCACAACAGAAUAACGAGACAACUGGUGUGACAGAUGGAGACAAAAUCAGAUUGCAAUUAAAUGUUGAUGUUGUACAUUAUACUAAAUUAGCAGAGUCACUUCAUAUUAAUGUAAAUAAAGUGCACAAGCUAACAGAUUUAAAAUCUAUGGUAAAUGAAGCUGUAAAAAAUAUAGAUAAUAAAUGAUAUGCCCAGUUAUAUA